AUGAAUAUCUGUGAAUCAUGUUCAAAAGAGUUCAACGAUGGAGCGCAAUGCUACGUUUGUAAAAAGCGCUACGACUUUGGUUGUGCUGGUAUAACGGAGCGAGGUUUUCGGAACCUAGGAGCAGAUCGAAGAGCUCAAUGGAAAUGCCUUCAAUGCAAAAUGGUUUCCUUCAGCCCCUCCCGUUCAAGUUCCGAGGUCACUCCUGGUGGCGAUACUGGUGGGGAGUCGGCGACCUUGGAUGUUAUUCUUAAGGAGAUUCGCGAGAUGAAGAAGCUGGUUACUACAGUUCCAAGUCUUAUCGAGGACAUCAAAUCUAUUAAAGUUGAAUUAAACCAUCUGAAAGAGUCUUGUGAGUACAACAAUAGUUCACUUAAAUCUUUUCAAGAUCAAGUCUCCAGUUUGGAACGUGGUGUAUCUCAGAUAGAAAAGAUUCAAAAUUCUCUCGCUGUAGCCAACAAGGAGAUAUCAAAUCUUAAAAGUGUUAUUGAGACAAAGGAACAAUGGUCACGGCUUAGUAAUGUUGAGGUAAAGGGCAUCCCUCUAAAGCCCAAUGAAAACUUAUUUGAAAUCGCGGAGUCUAUGGGUAAAGCAGUUGGGUAUGAAUUCCAUAUAUCUCAAAUCAAUUACAUAUUCCGAGUACCAAUGUUUAAUACCAAAGAGAAGGCCAUCAUUAUUAAUUUCAUAAAUCGUUAUGUCAAAGAAGAAUUAGUAGCGGCAGCGCGCGCGUGCAAAACUCUAGAGGCGAAGGAUGUUGGAUUUGGAGGCAAUCGUCAGCGCGUCUUCGUAAAUGAUCAUUUGACUCCAGAGCACAAAAAACUUCUUACCAAAACAAGGACCUUAGCAAAAGACCGAGGUUAUUCUUAUAUCUGGGUCAAAUACGGAAAAAUUCAUAUACGUAAAAAUGAUACUUCGCCGGUUUUAAUUAUUGCAAAAGAGGCUGAUUUAAACAAAAUAGCUUAA